AUGGCUGGCCUUGUCUUGAGUGGUCUAUACCUUCUUAUCAAGUGGCUUGACGAUCCCAAGCUUCUCAACCGUGCACUCAACCUAUACUUGUCAUUUGUGGGUGUUAUUGGAGUUAGCCGACUUACGACUGAUUCUCUAAACGUUGUUACAACGUUUAUCUUUCCCAGCUUCUGGUCCACUAAGAAAGAAAUCUUCCUUAUCGAUGUUCCUCCGGAGUUAGAGAUCACAUCAUCAAAUCCAAGUCAGGCCCAGUCAAAUCUCAAGCUUAUAGAUCGCAAUCGUAAUCCCUUUCCUGGGCCAUUUUCUUCAAUAAGUUUAUCUGCCAGUACGUUAUCUAAGAUAUGGUUCCUUAGAUCAUCGUUGAUGAAGCACUGGAUCUUGCGUGGUUACAUUAAGAAUACUUAUCAUGCUGCUCACCGGGUCCGCCUUAGUGAUCUUCUGGGAUUUAUAUUUGGAUUCCUUGUCUUGUUUGGAUUGUUUUUCUAUGAUAUUAUCAUGGUAUUCUACACGCCACUUAUGGUAACGGUAGCAUCUUCUCUCGAUGUACCGAUAAAAUUAAUCAUACCAGGCCCAGGUCGAGGAAGUAUGCUUGGCCUAGGCGAUAUUGUGCUUCCCGGAAUUAUGGUGGCUCUUGCACUGCGUUUUGAUCUAUACCUGCAUUAUCUUCGAAUGCAGAAACGCUACCCUCCUGAUGCGGAUGGGAGUAUUAAAGUGCUCAAGUCGAAAUACUUGGAGGUAACUGGAAUUUGGGGCGAGCGUUUUUGGUCUUCAGGUCUCGACAGCAAAUUAACAAUUGAGACUACCUUUCAUGCUGGUCAAUUUCAUAAAUUUUACUUCUGGAUUAGUAUGACUGGCUACGUGUUAGGAUUAAUAGUAACACUAGCAAUUCUUAAUAUUACAAAACAUGCUCAGCCCGCAUUACUCUACCUUGUACCGGGGGUUCUUGGAAUGCUAUGGGGGACGGCUUGGAUUCGGGGGGACCUUCCAAUAAUGUGGGAGUACACCGAAGAUGGAGUGUGGGGAACUGAUCUUCUCGUGGAUAAUAAAGAGAAAAGUCGAGUCCAAGGGGGACAGGACGAGAAGAGCAAGUUUGUGUUUGGGACGAACUCUCAUACAAAUGAUGUGAAAGUGUCAAAUUCGACCGAACCGUGCAACAAAUUUAAAUAA